GCGAAUCCAUUUUACACGCAACGUUCAGUACAACUGACCCCAAGUGGGAAGAAGACUAAUACUGAAUGCGAUUAGAUAAAGUGUUAUCCAAACGGUCCCUAAGCAUAAAAUAAAGCAAACAGCAACUUUAUUACAACUUGUCAACCACUUUCCGUCUGCCCCAGAUUCGGCGCUCUCAGCUCAGCUCUAGCCGCAGCAGGGUUGGCUGCUCCUCCCAACCUUUUGCGCUCUCUCUCUCUCUCUCUCUACAAAUUUUGACACACAAAUCUAUACAUGCGACGUAACGCGUAAAAGGCGGAGAUUAGUGGGAUGGAAUCCGAGCAGCUGAAGUUGGAGACCCAGAUGGAUUCACUUCCCAUGAUUAAGCAGAGGUCACCAACCAAGGGAAAAGUGGUUCGAAAAAGAAAGCGUUCGAAUCUUAAAUCUAAUGCCAAGAAAGUAACUUCGGAUGAUGGUGGAAAAUAUGGAAGCUGUAAAAAAAAGAGGACAAAGAUUGAAGACUUGUAUGAUAAUGAUGAAGCUAAGUUUUCCGUUAUGGAGCGCACAGAAGAGGUCCUGGCAAAUAUAGCAGAUGGAUUCCCAGGCUUUGUUAAGUGUAUGCUUCCCUCAAACGUCACUCAUGGAUUUUGGCUGAUUUUUCCUAAAAAAUUCUGCAAUUUGCAUUUGCCAAUGCAAGAUACCACAGUAAUUUUGGUGGAUGAAUGGGGGAAAGAGUAUGAAGCAAAUUAUUUAGUGGAUAGGCAUGGGUUAAGCGGCGGAUGGAGGGGCUUCUCCCUAGCUCAGAGACUAGUUAAAGGAGAUCGUUUGGUCUUCUAUUUGAUCAAACCUUGCACCUUUAAGGUGCACAUAGUGAGGGUUCAUGGUUUAGAUGAAGUGAAUGCAGCUCUUUGCCUUAUGAAUUUGGUUGCUCUUGCAAAAAGAACGUACUCUGAUAAGAAUAUCCGGACUUGGAAAAAAGAAAAGAAGACUAUGGAGCCUCAUCUGCGAGAUACUCCUCAAAAGAGUAUUCAAGAAAACUAUCCAGUCAUACCAUACUCGAACCUUGGCCUUGUACAAGAUAUUUCUAAAAGAAACACCGACAGUUGGGGCUCUGAAGUUUUGGAAGCUAUUCAACCUUGGUUUAAACACAAGAAGGGUCGAAGAGGUAGAGAAGCUGGAAUAGGUAGAUUCGUGUCAAAGGGGUGAUGAGAGCUCUUAACCGGAAGUAUUCAUUAGUUGGACAAACACCCAAUGUAAGGCUCGGUGCUGCGACUGAGAAGCUCUGGAAGUGAAUGGCAAUGGUGCAUGAUUUGAGCUUUUUAGAAGUGGUUAUGCCAUGUGUGGUAAGUGCAGUAAUGUUGUUAGUAUAUAGUGUUUGUUUUUAGAAUUGCACUCAAAAGUCAUAAAUUGACACAGUUACUUUGCUGAUGUGCAACAUAGUGUACAAUACUUCCAAAUCACACACGAAAAAAGAACCUGAUAGGAUUUAGCUGAAGAGAAAUUUGUAUCCAUUUUCUGUACGCAAUUUUUGUACUAAACUCGUAUUGUUUUUGUAAGGAAGAAGCAAGUCGGAGACAAAUUAUAUACAUAGUGUUCUGGUUGUUCUAACUGAAAUGAACAAUAUAUUAUUUUGCUGGA